AUGGGCACCCUCUCUCGAUCCCUAUAUAAUUACACACAUCCUUGCCAAUCCCCUUAUCUACUUUUGGAAGCCCGGACCCUGCCGAGGGAGUAUCCGCCACGGUUCGCAUGCUUCCUGGCGCACCAUUGCCAGCUCCUGAAGGCCACGGCACAUGGACAGCCGGAGGUGCCAGAGGUGCUACCGAGUGCUGUAGAGACAUUUGUGUCGAUGCAGUAUGGUAGCCAGGAUGACAUGUUUUCCUUUGCGGCUCUACAGGAGGUGUUUGUUUAUGUACGAGGUGGCAAAAGGCUUGUGGUUCCACCUGAGUGGAAAGACCUGGAGAAGCUGCUCCUGGCGGCCAGAUCCCGGUUGAACCGUAUGAUGAAAGUCCACAAGAAGAAGAAGGAGUUGGAGGCUCCCGAGUAUGCUAGAAAACACUGGGAGGGCAACAAGAACGAGAUGACUCUGUUGCUUCGCGACUGCAACUUCUCCAAGGACCUAGGGGACAUGUUCCUGGAGAAGCUCGAACGCAUAGUGAAGAAAAAAGAGAAGUACACCUUAAAGGUCGACGAGGGCUGGUACAGUGCAUCAGAGAUGAAGACGGAACUUGGAUGGCACAUCAAGGUCCUGAACGAUUUUGUGGAGAAGAUGGAAGCCGAGCACGAAAGGAGCCAGGUGGUUUACAGCGAGGGCGAGGUGAGUGGCUUCGAUGCGUCGUUCAAUGCAAAGGCUGAACAGCAGAUGAAGACGGCCACCUUCGUGUACGGUUCUCAGCUCUUACGCAUAACUUAUGGUUUUGCGCUUCGCUACAUCCAAACCCGUUAA